UAACAAUUGCCAAAUCAAAUUGUUUCUUUGAAGCGAUUGUUGUUAGAUGCGAAAUUUUUCAAAGCGAAAAAGAUUUGAAAAAAUGAGUAUUCAAAAUUUAAUAAUGGAUAGUGAUGUUCAGCGGCAAGGACAUUUAAUUGAUAUUGUUGACAGCAAGUGGAGAGAAGACAAACUUCCAGAUGAGGAUAUUGCCGUACCAGCAUUAGAACUUCCUGAUCCUGAACCUGAUAAUGGAAACCCUCAAGAAACUCUUAAAGAACAAGAGCAAAAAUGGACAGAUUUAGCUUUACAUAGAAUUCAUGAUCAAUCCUCUACAACUACAAGUAAUUGAAUGUAAAAACUUAAUAAAUUGUAACUAUGAAGAUCAUUCAGCCUAAUUCGUAAUGGGUAUUCGAAGUAUCCAGUGGAUGAAUCAAGGUAACCAGAAUAUAGUAUUGACCAUGUCACAGCAAGACCAUUAGUUAUCACCAGAAUAAUUGAAGUCAAGUCAAGUCAAAUAAUAUGUGAUUUAUGAUAGAACCAGUAUUCUUCAUAAAGAGUAAGGAACAAUAAGAAAAGUUAUAUAUAUAUUAAUCCAUAACCAAAUUUAUUCUUGAUAUGAUUUUCGCUUCUAAAUUACCAUAUUAAAUGUAAUUUAACUUGGUUUGGUUAUGAUAAGUGCUCCUAUGAUGAUGAAAAUA